AUGGAGGACAAUACACCGAGACAGAGAGACCCCAUCUCUCUCACAUCAGUGGCCAAUGGUUUGGAGAACAUGGGGGCCGAGCUGCUGGAAAGCCUGGAGGAAGGCCGGACCCCUGGCAGCGACUCAAGCCCAGCGGAAGUGGGAGGCAGCUGGAGCAAUGCUGGCCCAGAGCCCUUGGGACGGUGGAGGAGCCGGCAGCCAGCGCUGAGAGUGAGACGCUUCUGCAGGGAGCACACACAGCUGUUUCGAUGGAUCUACACAGGCCUGCUCUGUACUGCUUUCGCUGCCUUUCUGCUGAUUUCCUGCCUCCUGGAUUUCCAGAGGGCCCUGGCAUUGUUCGUCCUCUUCUGUGUGGUCCUCUUCUUCCUGGCCCACAGCCUGCUGAAGAGGCUGCUGGGGCCAAAGCUGCUGAGGUGUGUCAAGCCUCUGAGGCAUCCCUGCCUGAACCUCUGGUUUGAGAGGGGUCUAGCCCUUGCUGCUUUCCUGGGCCUGGUCCUGUGGCUGGUUCUGGACACUGCUCAGCGGCCUGAGCAGCUAGUGUCCUUUGGAGGAAUCUGCGUGUUCAUCCUCCUCCUCUUUGCUGGCUCAAAGCAUCACCGUGCAGUGUCUUGGCGGGCUGUAUCCUGGGGUCUUGGACUACAGUUUGCACUUGGACUCUUUGUCAUCAGAACAGAGCCAGGAUUUAUUGCAUUUCAGUGGCUGGGCGACCAGAUCCAGAUCUUCCUGAGCUACACUGAGGCCGGCUCCAGCUUCGUGUUUGGGGAAGCUCUCAUCAAGGAUGUCUUUGCUUUUCAGGUUUUGCCCAUCAUUGUUUUCUUCAGCUGCGCCAUGUCAGUUCUCUACUAUGUGGGUCUCAUGCAGUGGGUGAUCCUGAAGAUCUCCUGGCUGAUGCAGGCCACCAUGGGUACCACGGCCACAGAGACCCUGAGUGUGGCUGGAAACAUCUUUGUGAGUCAGACCGAGGCUCCUCUGCUGAUCCGGCCCUACUUGGCAGACAUGACACUCUCCGAAAUCCACGUUGUCAUGACCGGAGGCUACGCCACCAUUGCCGGCAGCCUGCUAGGCGCCUACAUCUCCUUUGGGAUCGAUGCCGCCUCCUUGAUUGCUGCCUCGGUGAUGGCCGCCCCUUGUGCCUUAGCCCUCUCCAAGCUGGUCUACCCAGAGGUGGAGGAGUCAAAGUUUAAGAGGGAGGAAGGAGUGAAACUGACCUACGGAGAUGCUCAGAACCUCUUAGAAGCAGCUAGCAGUGGGGCUGCCAUGUCCGUGAAGGUGGUGACCAACAUCGCAGCCAACCUGAUUGCCUUCCUGGCUGUGCUGGCCUUCAUCAAUGCUGCCCUCUCCUGGCUGGGAGACAUGGUGGAUGUCCAGGGGCUCAGCUUCCAGCUCAUCUGCUCCUACGUCUUGCGGCCUGUGGCCUUCUUGAUGGGUGUGGCCUGGGAGGACUGCCCAGUGGUGGCUGAGCUGCUGGGGAUGAAGCUGUUUCUGAACGAGUUUGUGGCAUAUCAGGAGCUCUCCGGGUACAAGCAGCGCCGCCUUGCAGGGGCUGAGGAGUGGGUUGGCUCCAGGAAGCAGUGGAUCUCUGUCAGAGCAGAAAUCCUCACAACGUUCGCCCUCUGUGGAUUUGCCAACUUCAGCUCCAUUGGGAUCAUGCUGGGCGGCCUGACCUCCAUGGCCCCGCAGCGGAAGGGCGACUUCUCCCAGAUUGUGCUCCGGGCACUCUGCACCGGGGCCUGUGUGUCCCUGGUGAACGCUUGUGUGGCAGGGAUCCUCUACGUGCCCAGGGGGGCUGAGGUUGACUGUGUGUCCUUCCUGAACACGACCCUCAGCAGCAGCAGCUUUGAGGUGUACCAGUGCUGCCGCCAGUUCUUCCAGAGCACCAGCCUGGAGUUCAGCCCAGAGGCCCUGGACAACUGCUGUCGAUUUUACAAUCACACGAUCUGUGUAUAGCAGGGACAGGACAUCUGUGUGCCUUCAGGGGGCUUUUCUUUCCUUGGAAACAGCUGUCCCCAUCUUUCUCUCACCAGCUUCCCCCUUGGGGAAGCCACCAGGCUUGGACUUACCUCAGAUUGAGAAGACCCAUGGGGAGAAUGGGCAGAGUAUAUAAGUGAGUGAGGGGAGUUCCUUUCAUGGCA